AUGCCGUCCCUCCACGCCAAUUUUUCAGAGGUGUUCGCGCGCCUAACACUCAGCAACAUUGGCGUAGCAGCUGGUUGCGCAUUUGCUGUAUCGGUCCUGUACCUUUACGUUCGCUCCCUGUACCUCGUCUUCUUCCAUCCUUUGAGUCGCAUUCCGGGCCCCAAAUAUGCCGCCUGUAGCAGACUUCCGUAUGUGCGUAACCAGCUGCGCGGCGACCUAGUGAAGUGGCUUCACUCCCUACAUCAGAAGUAUGGCGAUGUUGUACGCAUCGCCCCCGACGAGGUGUCGUUCAUCUCCGAUAUCUGGCAGGAUGUAUACGCCGCACACAAUGGCGAGAAGGCCACGAAGGGGACCUAUCUCAAGGACCGGCGGUGGUUUGCGGCGCCAUACAACAACACAUGGUCCAUACUCCAGGCGGACGCCGAAGCGCACCCGCGCAUGCGUAAAAUGAUGGCACCGGCCUUUUCCGACAAGGUGCUUCGUGAGCAGGAGUCAAUGAUCCAAGAGUACGUGGAGUUGUUUGUUCUUCGACUUCAUGAACAGACCGAAAACGAUUCAAAGGGUGUAGUCGAUAUGGUGAAAUGGUUCAACUUCUUCACGUUUGACAUCAUCGCCGACAUGACUUUCGGCGAGUCCUUCAACUGCCUUCGAGACAGCGACUACCAUCCCUGGGUCCGGAUGCUCUUCAAGUCCGUACGAGCAAUUUCUCUGAACAGCGCCAUUCGUCGGUACCCAUUGUUCCAGGCAAUUGUGAAGCGCUUGGCGCCAAAGAACCUGCUCGAGCAACGCCGACAGUUCAACCAGUUUGUAUUCGACCGAGUAGGCGAGCGACUUGCCUCUGAGUCAUCGCAUCCGGACCUCAUGUCCCACAUCAAGAAGUUCAAGGAUGAACCGAAGGGCAUGAACCGCGACGAGAUUGACAGCAAUGCCAACAUUUUGCUCGUCGCAGGCAGCGAGACGACUGCAACACUUCUGUCUGGGUGCACCUACAUGCUCCUGUCCAACCCAGAAGCUCUCGAGAAACUCACAAAGGAGGUUCGCGGAACGUUCCACCACUCGUCCGAGGCAACCAUCAAGGCGGUUAGCAACAUGCCUUAUCUCCACGCCGUUCUUUCUGAGGCGCUACGCAUUUACCCUCCGAGUCCUGCGGGCUUCAUGCGCAUUGUGCCGGGCAAUGGAGACAUGAUCGGAGGGCACUGGAUCCCUGGAGGCACCUCCGUUUCAGUCUCCCAGUGGCCAGCGAACCAUUCUGAGAGGAAUUUUACAAUGCCCAAUGCGUUCGUGCCUGAGCGCUUUCUCGGUGACACAAGGUUCGAAAAGGACAACAGCUCAGUCCUUAAUCCAUUCUCCGCAGGCCCUCGCAACUGCCUUGGCAAAUCGCUUGCCAACGUGGAGAUGCGAUUGAUCAUGGCAAGAUUGCUUCUGGACUUCGACCUCGAACUGAUUGAUCCAGCACACGACUGGCUUGACCAGAAAUCCUUCACACUGUGGGAGAAGCUCCCUCUGAUGGUUCGCCUCAAGCCAGUUCGCAGGUACACAUCCCCCACAUAA